UGGUGCAGUGGCCAUUGUUUUGCCUUGAUUCUGUUUCACAGCAGAGUUUGUUCCCGCAGCUGAGACCAGAGACCAGGACAGAGACCAGAGGACAGUGACCAGAGGACAGUACCAGAGACCAGAGACCAGAGACCAGGACACAAUCCUUCAGAGACCAGAGACCAGGACAGAGGACAGAGGACAGUGACCAGAGGACAGUACCAGAGACCAGAGACCAGGUCACAAUCCUUCAGAGACCAGAGACCAGGACAGAGGACAGAGGACAGAGACCAGAGACCAGAGACCAGAGACCAGAGACCAGGACACAAUCCUUCAGAGACCAGAGACCAGGACAGAGACCAGAGGACAGACACCAGAGGACAAAGACCAGAGACCAGAGACCAGGACACAAUCCUUCAGAGACCAGAGACCAGAGACCAGACACCAGACACCAGAGACUAGAGACCAGAGACCAGAGACCAGAGACAAGAGACCAGGACACAGGACUUCAGAGACCAGAGACCCGAGGACAGAUACUUUAAAGGUGUGUUGUGGGGAUACAGGACAUGGUCUGAUGUGCGUCCUGCAGGAAGCAGCUCGUCCUCAGUCUUCUGGUUUUGUGGAUUUCUGAGUGAAUUGUCCUGGACUCGGAUCCCGUUUGGGUUCAGGACUCUUCUGGGUCUUUAAGCAGCUUCAAGCCGUCGGUUUGAAUCCUGAUAAAGAUGGACAGCUGGUAGGGCAGCGAUGGCGGCAGAGUGUCCAUGUGGAGACGACUUCAGAUCCAGACUCCAUGUCCCUGGUCAUGGCCUCGUUGGACAGAGACACACCGGUUGAGACGCUUCUGGCAGCGAUCCAUCUGGAGAGGUACCUGGACACGUUCCACCGAGCGGCCCUGCUGCUGGCCAGAGACCUCACCCACCUGGACCACGAUGCACUGGUCAGUCUGGGUGUGACCGCUACCGGACACAGGAAGAGAAUCCUACGCCUGGUCAGUCACAUUCAGAGGACAGAGGUUCAACGAGCCAAUCAGAAAGCGGAUCUCUCCCGUGACCGCUGUCAGUCUGUGACAGACGUGUCUUCAGCCCGACGUGGUGACGCUGCAUCUCUCCGUCCGUCCACAGGACCUGUUUCCUUUGAGGGGUUCAGGAACAGUUCGGCUCCCGACCUCGCCGCCAUGUUGACCAACUCAGAGUCCAGCGGCAGCAGAGCUUUAGUGAAGCCGGUUCCAAAACCCAGGACAGUCUUUAACCGCCGCAGGACUGCCCCCGUACACUUCUGUCCCACACCAGAGCCUGCACCGCCCCCCCCCAGGAGACUCUCCCAGGACUCCAUAUGUUUCACUGUGCUAGAGGGUUUGCCCUCAGGGGACACACCCCCACCCGGCAACUUGUCGACCUCUGAUCUCGACCUCAAGUCGACCACGCCCACGAGAAGACUGAGCCCGGUGGAGAGGAUGAGGCCCAGAAGAAGUUUGUCUCUCUCAGAUUCUGGAGGAAUGUUGCCUCCAGUUCCCUUAAGGCUGAACCGGGCAGCCCCCCCCUCAGUACUCCAGGAGUCACUGUCAUCCUCGUCUUCUUCACCUGUUCAAACGCAGCAGAACCAGACUUUGUCCUCAGUGACAUCCAGAGCUGCUAGUGAAGGCAGCGGACUCUGUGGAUCCUCAACUUCCAGCUCAGCCAGAGGACUUGGGAUGGAGAUGGUCUCUAAUGAGAUCUACUGCGGCACUUUACCUGGAUCUACUGCCCCCAGUGGUGGGAGGACAUGCAACAGCCAUCAGUCGGCUCCUCCGACUCCACCGAGACAAACUUCUGAGAGAAACAGUGGCAGCACUUUGAGUAACAACUCUUCAGGAUCAGCCAGAGCGUCCACAGACGACCCCGAGGAGGAGAUCAGCCCGUACUGUGAGACCGUGUUCCAGAGCAGAAGAAACUUGAGUGAGAGUGACAGAAGUCGUCUGGAAGGAAAAGAGAUGAGGAGGGACGAGAGUAAACCUGCAGAGGAUCAUGGGUGGGAGAAGUUGUCUCAGGCUCUUCACUCUGCAGACUCUCAGGGUUACAGUACUGUGGGAGGGCCUCCACCCCCCCUCCACAUCGUCCCAUCAGAGACGGACGAGGACUUGACCAUCUCGCCCUACGCCAGCUACACCUCCCUGUCCGAAAGAGCCCCGCCCAUCAUCAGCGGCUGGCUGGACAAGCUCUCUCCACAGGGGAACUAUGUUUUCCAGAAACGCUUUGUGAAGUUUGAUGGAAAAAACUUCAUGUACUUCGGAAGCGAAAAGGACAUUUACCCUAAAGGAGUGAUCCCAUUGGCUGCCAUCCAGAUGAUCCGCCCAGCCAAAGACAGUAAAUUUGAGAUCAUGACGAGUCCGAGGAUUUUUGUUUUCAGGGCUGAAAACGAAGUGUUGAGGCGUCGCUGGAUGUCCACGCUGCAGGAGCACGUCAGAGACCAGCAGGUGUUCGGGAGGCGCCAUUUCGGUCCCGGAUCUCACUGUCAGAAACAUGGUGUCCUGGAACUGAAGGGAACCAAGUCCAAAGUGUACACCGCCAUUAACACGGAUCAGAUCUGGAUUCACAAGAGCGAGCAGUGUUUCCGUAACGGAAUUGGAAUGACGGUGAUCGACGCUCGAGGAGCGACCAUCAGAGACGGGAAACACAAGAGCUUUGACCUCAUCACGCCGUAUAAGAUGUUCAGCUUCACGGCAGAGUCGGACCGGGACAAGCGGGACUGGAUGGAGGCGCUGCAGGAGUCAAUCGCUGAGACUCUGUCGGAUUACGAGGUGGCCGAGAAGAUCUGGUCCAACCGAUCCAACCGGACCUGUGCCGACUGCAAGGCCCUGAACCCUGACUGGGCCUCCAUCAACCUGUGUGUGGUCAUCUGCAAGAACUGUGCAGGGCAGCACAGAGGUCUGGGGACGAUGGUCUCUAAAGUUCAGAGUCUGAAGCUGGACAUCAGCAUCUGGAGCAACCAGAUUGUCCAGAUGUUCAUCAUGCUGGGGAACGACCGGGCCAAUGAGUUCUGGGCAGCUCGUCUUUCCAAGUGGGAGGAGCUGGAGUGUGACUCCUCCCUCGAACAGAGGAGGGAGUUCAUCACUCAGAAAUACAGAGAAGGACGAUACCGGCGCCGGCACCCGGCGUUCAGCCGCCAGGAGGAGCUGCUCAAGGUCUUGUGUUCGGCCGUCUCUGAACAGACGCUUCUGAAAACUGUCACUCAGAUUUUCUUGGAGGCGGAGUCAGCUUGUCUUGCCAAUGACUCGGACGGCGGCCAACAGCACCACCUGCUGGACCACUUCACCACGUCAGAUCCCAGUGUGUAUGAUGAGAUCAUGCAGCCUGUUCUUCACUCUGGUUACCUUUUCAAAUCUGGCUCCGUCAACAGAGGAACACUGUCGAGAAGAACUCGAGAAGACUUCCAGAGGUUCUGGUGCUCUGUGGACCGCUCGCUGCUCCUGUACGAGUCGGAGCGAUCAGCUGAUCCCUGCCUGCAGAUCAAUGUUAAAGACAUCGUGUGUUUGGGCGUCGGCCGGCCGGACUCAUACAACAACAACAACAACAACAACAACAACAACGGGUUCAUGGACCGGUUCCGCUACACCUUCGAGUUGUGUCUGACUUCGGAGAAGCUCGUCCUCUUCGGGCUGGAGACGGCCGGCGCUCUGCACAGCUGGACCCGAGCCAUCGGGAAGGCGGCCUCUCCCCUCAGCUGCCACUGUCUGCUGACCCGGGAGUUUGAGCGCGUCGGCCUGCUGCGCUACCGGGCCAUGCUGGACCCUCAGCAGUGGAAGGAAGCGUACUUCGUCCUGCAGAAGUCCAACCUCUUCAUCUGUCCCCUUAAUGACGGAGCGGCUGAGGACAUCAUCAACCUGAACCGCCUGCAGGAGCUCAGUAUAACCUCUGAGAAGGAGAACCACGAGAAGAAAGACAUCCUGGUGCUGGUGGAGAAAGGAAGGACUCUGCACCUUCAGGGCGUCGGCCGCUCCGACUUCUCUCUGUGGUCCUCGGACAUCCAGCGAGCGGCCGGCGGCACCGGGAACUCUCUGAGGGAGCAGCAGCUGAGCAGGAAGGACAUCCCCAUCAUCGUGGACAGCUGCAUGGCCUUCAUCACCCAGUACGGUCUGGGCCACGAGGGCAUCUACAGGAAGAACGGGGCCAAGUCCAGAAUUAAACUGCUGAUGGACGAGUUUCGUAAAGACGCUCGAAACGUCAAACUGCGGAUCGGAGACCACUUCAUUGAGGACGUGACUGACGUCCUUAAGAGGUUCUUCAGGGAGAUUGAUGACCCCGUCUUCAUGGCCGACCUGUUUCCGCUAUGGCGGGAGGCUUCCAAAAUCCCUCAGAAGAGUCGGAGGCUGGACCGUUACAAAGAGAUCAUCGCGAGUCUCCCUCGAGUCAACAGGACGACUCUGGCUGCGCUCAUCAGUCACCUGUUCAGGGUGCAGAAAUGUGCCGACCUGAACCAGAUGUGCACCAAGAACCUGUCGCUGCUAUUUGCUCCCAGUCUGUUUCAGACCGAUGGGAAAGGAGAACACGUGGUCAAGAUCGUAGAAGAUCUGAUAGACAACUUCUUGUACGUCUUCGAUAUCGAUGAGGAGCAUCAGACUCAGAUCGAACUGGAAAUCAGCCUCAUAACCUCCUGGAAGGACACGCAGCUGUCUCAGGCUGGAGAUCUGAUCAUCGAAGUUUACCUGGAGAUGAAGAUACCAGACUGCUGCAUCACGCUUAAAGUGUCUCCCACCAUGUGUGCGGAGGAGCUGACCAAUCAGGUUCUGUACAUGAGGAACGUCCCCCCCGGAGACAAAGACGUCUGGAUGACAUUUGAGGCCAUUGAAGACGGACAGUUGGAGCGUCCAUUACAUCCCAAAGAGAAAGUCCUGGAACAGGCCCUGCAGUGGUGCAAGAUGGCCGACCCGAGCUCCGCCUACCUGGUGGUGAAGAGAGUUCCCAAAGGAGACGGCAUCGACAUCCUCACCUCCUAUAAGAGUGAGAUCAUGAAGAUCGGUCUGUUGAGGUGUCGUGAGGAACCUCCAAAGCUUCUUCAGGGCAACAAGUUCCAGGAGAGAACAUUUCAGAUCAAGGAGCAAAAACUGCUGUUACUCAAAGACAAGAAGAGCAUCAAACCAGAGAAGGAGUGGUCUCUGAAGUCCAUGAAGAUCUACAUCGGUAUCCGCAGGAAACUAAAAUCUCCAACCAGGUGGGGUCUCACUGUGAUGUCACACAAACACCAGCUGUUCCUGAGCUGCAGCAGCGAGGCCGACCUGUGGGACUGGGUCACCAGCUUCCUCAAGGCUCAGAACGAUGGCCCCGGCCCUCCGAUGCUGAGGCGUCACUCUUCAUCAGAUAUCUGCAAACAGAAGUUCGGCACGAUGCCGCUCGUCCCCAUCAGAGGAGACGAGAGCAACAGCAGCAUGCUGUCGGCCAAUCAGACGCUGAGAAAGUUGCAUGACAGAAGAACUCUCUCCAUGUACUUUCCCAUGAAGGUGCAGCAGGACUCGUUUGAUAAGCGUCCAGAGUCUCCUGACCUCCCUGAGCCGCUCUAUGAAGAGGUCGGAGACUUUGGCCUGCAGGUCCUAAAGUCUCUGGAGACCAGCUUCCUGUCCAAUAGUGCUGCAGAGACCCAGGAGGUCCUGGAUCACCCUCGUCUCAGACUAGUCCCCCUGGAGACUAGACAGGAUCAUGUGAUCGUCCCCGACCCGGUCCGGACGGACAGUGGCUCUGUGGAGACUCUGGUGCACGGCAGCAGCAGUGGAGGGGGGGGUGGUCAUGGAGAAGAAGACUGCAGCUCUCGAGAAUCGAACGCCCCCCAGCAGCCGGCGGUGAGGAGGAGGCCACCGCUGCAGGGAGUCUGUACUCCGUCACAGGAACUACUGCUGCAGGAGCUGUCGUCUGCCUUCAUCAAGAAGACCGAGGACGAAGACGAGGAAGGGGAGGAGGAGGAGGAAGAGGAGGAAGAGGAGGAGAGGCCGUAUGAUGUCUGAUAUACAGACUGAAGAGGUUCUAAUGCAGCAGAGCAGAAUCUAUCAGGUUAUAGGUUAUAUGGGGGGGGGGGGGGGUCUCAGUGAAACGACACAAGGGAGACAGGAGGACAGAAGUCAUCUGUCUCUGAGGGACAUGUUUCAGAUACAUACACAUGCUGAUAAUGGAUUCAUUAACUCUCCAGUGAAACAUACGUCACAUGUUUGAUUCCCCAUAUUUACGUGUGUCUAAUACAAACAUGAAGCUAUGGAAAAUCUGUUGUGGAUGUUGAUCAGUAAAUGUUGCAUUAAAAAAUUUAACUGGUUCCAUUGGUUUCACUGGUGACACUGUACAGCUGAAUUUAGAACCCCCCCUCCCCUUGUGCAACACGAUUUAUUACAGAAGUGACUGAACUGCUGUUCCUGGUAAAAUAAUAAACAAAAGGCUGGUGAUGUUUA